CAAGUUUCACAGGUACCACGUGGGGUAGGAUGAUUUCUCAAAAGCAUGGAGCCCUCGCCACCGCUGCCGCCCGGCCCGUCGCCGCCGCUGGCCAAGACCAACAAGUACGCCAUCUUCAACCCGGCCUCGGCGCCUACCUGCCGCUUCUUCAACUCGCCGCAGGGGUGCGCCAAGGGCAGCACGUGCCAAUUCCGCCACGACGCUGCGCAAGCCAAGGCUCAAUUCGCCCCAUCGACCAAGCCGCGGAAGCCACCCUGCCGCUUUUUCCUCAAGGGCCAGUGUCGCAACGGUGCGCAAUGCAGCUUCUCGCACGAAAACGUCCCGGCGCCGGCGCCGCUGCCCGACAUGACGCAGCUCUCGAUUGCCGACGAGACGGUGCUCACACGGGACCUCCUCGGCCCCUUCUUCGCCAUUGAUGUCGAAUGCGUCGCCACGGGCACGGGCCACUUGGACCGCGACGUCGCACGGAUUGCCAUUGUCUCGGAGAACGAACACACGCUCUUUGAUGCGUAUGUCAAGCCCGCCAAGCCCGUCGUGAGCUACUUGACACAGCUCACGGGCAUCACAGCAGCUCAUUUGGAAGGCGCGCGGACGCUCGCCGAGGUGCUCACCGAUCUGCGGGCGAUCUUGCCCACGGACAGCGUCCUCGUCGGGCAGUCGGUCGACAAAGAUGUGGCCUGGCUUGGCUUGAAGGCGGGCGAGGACUUUCGUGCGAUCUUUGACGUCGCCAUGCUCUUCCGCAUGCCCAACACCAAGUCGUCGUACCGGUACUUCUCGCUGCGCCACGUCGUCAAGUACCUCCUCGAAGAGUCGAUCCAGGAAACGGACCACGACCCGGUCGUCGACGCCAUUUACGCCAUGAAGGUCUUCAAGCGGUUCCGCCACUUGCACGAAAGCCCCGCCCACCGCCACGCGGUCCUCGAGACACUGGCCAAGACGCCGCAGACGCCGUCGUUCGCCAAGCGGCACCCCAUCAUCGACGGCGUCGCGCUCGCCCCGCCGCCCCCGACCACGUCGUAG